AUGGGCCCCCGUACCGACUCCUCAUGCUGCUUGCCAGGCCCGUAAUCUGUCAUGGGCACCCUGUACCGCCUCCUAAUGCUGCUGCCAGGCCCGUAAUCUUCCUUGGGCCCCCGUUCCGACUCCUCAUGCUGCUGCCAGGCACCCGUAAUCUGUCAUGGGCCCCUGUACCGCCUCCUUCAUGCUGCUGCCAGGUCCAGAGGUGUGUCAUGGGUCCCUGGUACGGCCUCCCAUUGUGGCAAGCCAGGGCCGUAAAUCUGCCAUGGGCCCCAGCAUACCUGACUCCUCAUGCUGCUGCCAGGCCCGUAAUCUGUCAUGGGCCCGUGUACCGCCUCCUUCAUGCUGCUAUGCAGGUCCAGCAGUGUGUCAUUGAGGUCCCUGUACGGCCUCCCUUUGUGCAUUGAAACUGUCUCAAUUCGCCCACACUCUGCCAUGUGCCACUUUCAAGGU